ACUCGGCAAUAAAGCGAGAUGAACCAUAUCAUUGUAAACAUUGUAGAACUCUACGUGUGUGGUUAUCAUCUUGCAUUAAAUUUGGUUUCAAUAAAUAAACAAUUUGUGAUGCAACCAUCUGUAAAACUAAUUUAAAUACACCGCCGAAAUGAUUCGUAAUCUAAUGCGAUUAAUUCCGUUUACAUUUCAGUUCUCAUCAAAUAUAUUGCGCAACACCAGCCAACAGUUGAGACGUUAUGCCAGCAAUCAACCUACCUACGAAAAGAGUGUCGUUAAUGUAACACUGCUCGGACGAGCUGGAAAAGAUCCCGAACAACGCGAAAAAGGAGAUCGUUCAAUUGUGACAUUUUCGGUCGCUACCAGUCACAGUUACAAAGACGAAAAUGGUGAAAUGGCAAGAUGUUCUGCCUGGCAUCAGAUUGUUGUAUUCAAUGAAUCGCUGGGGCGUUUGGUUUUUAAUAAUCUUAAAAAGGGACAACGAACGAUGGUUACCGGUAAAAUGGCAUAUAGAGAAGUUGUCGAUGAGGAUGGAAAUCCAAAACAGCUCAUAAAUGUUGUUGCUGACGAUGUAAUAGUAAUGAAAAAUUAGCGAAGCUAAGUAGUUUUAGUAUCCUUGUAAAUAAUAGAAUUACUCUGGAAGACUGAAAAAAUACAUUUUUUUCGGAAAUCUCA